AUGCGCGCUCCGGCGAGCCUCCUGCACCGGGACGCCCUCGCCACCACCGGCCCCACCGAGCCGUCGGCGUCCCUGGUGAGUAUGAAGGCCCCGGAGCCCGGAGCAGCAGCAGCAGCAGUGAACUCAAACAUGGUGCUCAUCCUGGCAUCCCUGCCGUGCGCCCUCGUCAUCCACUGCGCAUGCAGUAGACGCCGGCGCUCCGACCAUUCUCCUCCUCCGCCCAAGGGGCUCAAGAAGAAGGACAUCGACGCGCUCCCCACCGUCUCCUUCGCUGCCGCGGCUCCACCGCAGUCAUCGUCGUCGUCGUCGUCGUCAGAGUGCGCGAUCUGCCUGGCGGAGUUCACGAAAGGGUCGGCCCUGCGCGUGCUCCCGCGGUGCGGCCACGGCUUCCAUGUCGCAUGCGUCGACGCCUGGCUACGGACCUGCGCCACAUGCCCCUCCUGCCGUGCCCCCAUCGUUACCACGCCCGCGACGCCCAAGGCGGUGGUCGUUGUGGCGGCGAACAACAGGUGUGAGAGGUGCGGCGAGGUGGCAGCGCCGAACCAUGGUGUCGAUGACAUGUCCUCCUUACCCCCAUUUUCUCCAUUCUGUGCUUUAUAG